GAAGACGGUAACAUUCUGUUGUGAGUGAGUGCAUAUUAUUUUGACGGAAGAAAAGAAUAAGAGUUGGGAUUUGGAAAUCGAGUGAAUUGAAGGUGUAGGUAGGGUUUGAGGGUUGUGGAUUUAGCGAUGAGUGAGAGUAACGGGAAGAGCAGUAGGCAGAAUGAAGAAGAUCUGGGGCUGUACUUCCUUGAUGUGUGUAGGCGUGGAGGUCCAACGGAGAUGGAAGAAGACGAGGAAGAGGCACCAACGGAGCUCAACACCAUUAACAGCUCCGGUGGUUUUGUGGUUGUUUCCACCGACAAGCUCUCAGUUAAGUAUCCUACCCUCAACCUUCACGGCCACGAUGUUGGUGUUAUUCAGGCUAACAAGGCAGCUCCAACAAAGCGCCUCAUCUACUAUUUCGAGAUUUAUGUGAAGGAUGCUGGUGUUAAGGGUCAGAUUGCCAUUGGCUUUACCUCCGACACCUUCAAGAUGCGAAGACAACCCGGGUGGGAGGCCAAUAGCUGUGGAUAUCAUGGAGAUGAUGGAUAUCUCUAUCGUGGUCACGGCAAAGGGGAACAUUUUGGCCCAAAAUAUACAUCUGGUGAUGUAGUUGGUGCUGGAAUUAACUACGCCGCACACGAAUUCUUUUUCACUAAAAAUGGGCAAGUCGUCGGCACAAUUUACAAAGACAUGAAGGGUCCUCUUUUCCCGACCAUUGCUGUUCAUAGCCAAAAUGAAGAGGUGCAUGUCAACUUUGGCCAGAAACCAUUUACUUUUGACCUAAAGGAAUUUGAAGCACAAGAAAGAAUGAAGCAGCAACUGAAAAUAGAGGAAAUUCCAGUGCCAGCAAAUAUCAGUUACGGCAGAAUUGUCCGUUCCUACUUGCUACACUAUGGCUAUGAAGAUACAUUGAAUUCAUUUGAUGUGGCUAGUAGAAGUACUGUUCCUCCUAUAUAUAUAGCUCAAGAAAAUGGAAUUGAUGAGGAGGAAAUAACAUAUGCGUUAAAUCACAGAAAGACUCUGCGGCAGCUAAUUAGGGAUGGAGAGAUUGAUGAUGCAUUUGGUAAAUUGCGUGAAUGGUAUCCCCAGAUUGUUGAGGACAAUACAUCAGCUACGUGUUUUCUGCUUCAUUGUCAAAAAUUUAUCGAAUUAGUUCGGGUUGGAGCACUGGAGGAGGCUGUCAAAUAUGGAAGAAUAGAGUUGUCAAGUUUUUUUGGGUUGCCUGUUUUUGAGGAUUUAGUUCAGGACUGUGUUGCUUUGCUGGCGUAUGAACGACCACUGGAAUCCUCCGUAGGUUAUCUGCUAAAAGACUCACAGCGUGAAGUUGUAGCUGACACAGUAAAUGCCAUGAUAUUGUCCACAAAUCCCAAUAUGAAAGAAUCAAAAAAUUGCUUGCACUCCUAUCUUGAGAGGUUACUUAGACAGCUCACUGCUUGUUGCUUAGAGAGACGAUCAUUGAGUGGAGAGCAGGGAGAAGCUUUCCAACUUCAGAGAGUGCUUAGCAGUGGUAAAAGAAACUAGUGCUAGGUUGAUAUGUCUAUUGAUCUCUUACUGUUCUGUUCAUAUCUCCCCGGGUUUUGUAACAAAGCCAAGUGAUCAAAUUGAUUUUAGCGUCUCGUAUACUGUAGAGUCCCUCUUCUAUUUACUUGAUGCAUACUCAUUCAUUUCUUUGGGAGUGGGGGUUCUCUAUGUGCAUGUAAGCUUGUAACCUUGUCAUCAUCAAAACAAUUGAAAUGGAAAAUUUGAACUAA